AUGGCGGGCGGUCGAAGGAAGAAGGCGCCAAAGACAAACAAAACAAAAAGCAAAUUAGCUCGAAGUAAAGUAUCCAAAGAUGAARAAGGRCAAGGCAUGGCUUCUUCAGCAGCAAAAGUCGAGAGUGAAAAGGAAAAACCCAUCGAAAAUGGCCGCGGGGAAGAUCAGAAUCAGCAGGUUGCCAAGUCAACUUCCUCACCACUCGAGUCCAAAUAUGUCCCGCCUUUUUCAAGAUCAAGCAAAAUUUCGAGUAAAAAUGACGAAAAGAGCCUUGGAAAAUCCCAAAUUAAAGCUUCGCAGACGUUAAAAAGGCGACUGGAUGAAAACACAGAGGAAGCUACUUCAGAAAACUCCGGGUCAUGUUUGUUGAUGAAAUCCCAAGAAAACUUUGCAGCUUCCUCAAACAGUGCAAAUGAGGAUAAUAAUGAUGAGUUUAUCCACCUCGACAAACAGCCAAAGAUGUCAGMAAUGGACGAUGAAGGAGAAAACAUCAUUUCAAUCAGAAGUUAUUCAAACUCAAGAUGCCGGAGAAGGUAUUAA